AUGGCCACUGGUGGAAGUGAUGCAGAUUCGAUUAAAAGACCACAAUUUGGAACAAGAUUACUUACAGACCGCAGUAAAGUGUUUGAACAUAAUGCUUGGUACUAUACAUGCACCAGUAUUCUGACAAACCUGUAUGAAACUGAUGCAGGACGAUACUGGGAUGAAUUUUACACACAGCAUCAGAACAGAUUCUUCAAAGACCGACACUGGUUGUUUACUGAGUUCCCGGAAUUAGCACCGAAAGAAUCAACCGAAACUGAAAGCAUUGUCAAAUUAGGAUGUGGCGUUGGAAACACUGUGUUUCCUGUUCUCCAGACAAAUAAUGAUCCAAACUUGUUUGUUUACUGUUGUGACUUUUCAAGUACAGCAAUUGAACUGGUUAAAAGUCAUCCAGAUUACCAUAGCAACAGAUGUCAUGCAUUUGUAUGUGAUAUUGUAGAUGAUUCUACCACUCUACCUUUCCCAGAAAACAGCUUAGAUAUAAUAGUAUUGAUAUUUGUAUUGUCUGCCAUACAUCCAAACAAAAUGCAGUAUGCACUCAAUAGAUUAUCCAAGCAUCUAAAGCCAGGUGGAUUAAUACUAUUCAGGGAUUACGGCAGAUAUGAUUUAGCUCAGCUCAGAUUCAAGAAGGGUAAAUGUUUUCACCAUUUCUACCUUAGUCUUACAUUGAUAUAUGCAGUGUCAGAUGAACUACGAGAAAUGAUGACAUCGGCUGGUUUGAUAGAAGAACAAAACACAAUAGAUAGAAGACUGCAAGUGAACAGAGGUCGUCAGUUAACCAUGUACCGUGUAUGGAUUCAGUGCAAAUACAGGAAGCCUGUCAAAACGUGA